CGGAAAUCCACGAUGAUUUACGGAAUUUCACGAUGUUGUCUCCUUGCAGACUCCAAAAAGGAGACACAAGCUUGGAAACAAGCUUUCAUUUCGGUCCUUGACCAAGGACUUCGCAGAAACCACUUUCCUCUGAAAUGAACAUACAACAGGGGAGAAGUAACACCAUUUCGCCUCCUGUACAGAUUCCAGCACAGUCGGGUCCUCUGGGCAUACCUAUUCCGACCAACCAAGGGCCUACCCCUCCGGUACAGUACAGGGCAGAAGAAUACAUAACACAGGCAAGGCCAAGUCCCCCUGUUUACCAAUAUACAUUCGUGCCACAACAGAGUGGCAAUGCUCAUGAUAUGAACCAACAAGCCUCUUCACACCCACAUCCAGGACAAUCUCCACAAAUGGGUGUGCCUACCCAGCAGGCCAACCAGGCUCAGGUAGUCUACCCACAGGUCUCACAGGCACCUCGUCACAGCACACCAACUUUUUAUGCGCCAACAAUGUCACAGAACAUAAGACAACAGACACCUCAGCCGAGGCAACCAUUGAGCAUGGGUUCUAGUCCAGCCCAGACUUACCAAAUGCAACCCCCAAUGUACCAAGUACAGGGACCGCACUACAUGGCUGCUACACCUACUCCUACACAGAUUUAUGUGCCACCUGGCGUACCCAUGCAGUACAACCCCAGGAUGGUGAGUCAACAGGGUCAAACUCACUAUACAAUAACAGCCCCUUCACAGCCACAACAGUUUGGCAUGCAACCCUCUCCAGCAUCAUACUACCAACAGCCGACACAACCCAACAACCCACCUAUAUAUUACUCAAACAAUGUGACUGGACAACAAAGACCCAUGGCUACACCAACUCCACAAGCUCCCAAGAGGGAAAAGAAAAUUUUAGUAAUUAGUGACCCUGACACGGGGAAAGUAAUAAAUGAAGCAAUGAUCGGCAAUAAAGCUAGCACUCCUCCCCUUGCUGGUGAAAACACAUCAGACACACCUCCAGCACAGCCUCCUACUUCAAAUACUGCAAUAGCAGCUCAGUUUGCUGCCCAGGUAGCUGCAACUCUCAACCAUACCACUAAGACACCUCCAAAGUCUGAGGAAGUAAUAGAUCAAACCAUGGCUGAUGUGAAGCCUGUAGUGAAAGAUGACCAUAUGGAAAAUGAAAGUGGUGAUAACUUACAAUCUGCUCCAACUAACCAAACGGAAAAGGCCCCUGUAGAGGCAGUUCAGCCUUCACCCAUUAUUAAAGAGACCAAACCCCCUCAGGCUAGAGAGCCUAGUCCAGCUGUUGUACCCCAACAGCCCGAGCGACCUACUAUUGUAGUUACACCCGAACCAGAGCCCUCUCCUCCAAGGACUAUAAAAGAGAAUGCUCCUGUAGCUAGCAGACCUAUAGAAAAACAAACUCCUGUUAGUAAACAAAAAGUAGAGACUGUAGUUAAGGAAGAGGUGGCCAUCGAACCAACUCCUGUUGUUGCUGAACCUGCUCGUGUUGCAACUGAACCUGCUCGUGUUGCAACUGAACCUGCUCGUGUUGCAACUGAACCUGCUCGUGUUGCAACUGAACCUGCUCGUGUUGUAGCAGAGCCUACUCGCACAGCAAGUCCUGCUGCACCUACUCCUAAACCUGCAGCCCCAGUUGUCAAGGCCAGUCCAGAACCGGAGUUCAAAACCCCAGAGCCUGUUAGCAAGGUAGUCAAGCAGCCAGUAGAGCAGAGCCAGGCUCCUGCUGCUGCCCAAGCAGCCACUCGUGCUGCCACCAGUGCUGAUGUGAACAAUGUAGAUGAUAAACCUGUGGUCCAACCAGUGCAGCCUGCCAAGCCCCCAGCCCCUGUAGAGCCCCCAGCCCCAGUCCCUGACCAGGUAGAAAUCAAGGUAGUUGAGAAGGUCCCUCAAGAACCAAUUGUACAGAAUGGCAAGAAUGAAGAUGACAGAACAGAUGAAGCAAAGGAGAAUGAUAAAAAUGCAGCAGAGGAUUCUGAUGCAAGAGAACCAAUUAAAAAUAAAACAGAACUUAAAUAUAAAUAUAGGGAAGACCAGUGGAGUCCUAUCAACACAGAGGGAAAGAAAUCUUAUGACCGUGACUUCCUGCUCAAUCUGCAAUUUGUCUCUGAUUCCAUGUCUAAACCCAACAAACUUCCUCGUCUCCCAGAUGUCAUCCUGGACAAACCAGCGACAAAAGGUGCUGCAAAGAACAUAGGUGGGGAUGUCCACUUGAGACCAGGUGGUAUGGUAGACUUCACUCCUAGCUUCUUCAAGGCAUCUGGCUCAGACAAUAGGGGCAGACCUGGAGGCGGUGGAGGUAGAGAAAGUAUGGGUCGCCGUAGUGGACAGCGUGGUGGUGACAACAAGACUCCCCGUAAGAUCAUAAACAUCUCUGUGCAGCAAGACAUUAAGCUCCAUCAUGCUGAGAGUGCAUGGAAGCCAACUCAUAGUGCUCCAGCAGCUGAAGAAACUAAUGUAAAUGAGGAACUGUACAAAAAAACCAGGGGUAUUCUCAACAAGCUGACCCCCCAGAAAUUCAAAACUCUUGUCGCUCAGAUCAUGGAGCUGGAGAUAGACACAGAGACAAAACUACGAAAUGUCAUUGAUCUCAUAUUUGAUAAGGCCCUUGAUGAGCCAGGGUUUAGUGUGGCCUAUGCAAACAUGUGCAAAUGCCUUCAACCACUUAAAGUUCCUGCUGAAAACCCAACAAAAGAGGGAGAGAAAGCAACAUUUAGAAAACUCUUGAUCACAAGAUGUCAAAGGGAAUUUGAAAAAGAAAAGGAAAAUGCCAAUUCUGAAGAAAGGGAGAAGAAAAUCCAAGAAAUAAAAAGUAUAGAAGAUGAACCUAAAAGGAAACUAGCCCUAGAGGAAUUUGAUUAUGCAGAAUUAAAAGCCAAAAGGAGGACACUAGGAAACAUCAGGUUCAUUGGUGAAUUAUUUAAAUUAAAAAUGUUAGUAGAACCAAUUAUGCAUGAUUGCAUUGUGAAACUCCUCAAAUCCAAUGACCAGGAAUCCUAUGAGUGUCUAUGUAGGCUACUGUCCACUAUAGGGAAAGAUAUAGACCAUGAAGAGGCCAAACCCAUGAUAGACCAGUAUAUUACACAGAUGCAAAAAAUUGUGGAUCAAAAGAAGACUUGUUCCAGGGUCAGGUUUAUGCUUCAAGAUGUAAUGGAACUAAGAAGAAAUAUGUGGGUACCUAGACGAGAAGACAAUAAUCCCAGAACUAUAGACCAGAUCCACAAGGAGGUUGAGAGGGAGGAUGCAGAGAGGGCCAUGUUACUGCAGCAAUUCAACCACCAACAGAAGCAGGGAGGUGGACAAGGCAAUAGAAAUAUGAGAGGAGGCAGGGGUAGCAGCCAGGGUCAGACUCCACAGAAACAAGCUGAUGAUGGCUGGAACACUGUAGGUGCCAAGACUAGUAGAGCACCCCUAGACCCAUCAAAACUCAGGCUUACCAAGCAAAAGGUGGAUGAUAACAUUCAGUUAGGUCCUGGUGGAGGCAUGUCGCGGUUCUCAGGAUGGGGCCGAGGAAGCAGUGGAGGUGGUAAUGCCGCUAAGCAGCAAGAGCCUGAGAGGCCUACCACUCCAGCCAACAGGUUCAGUGCUCUCAGUGGAGGUGCCGGUGGUCCCCCUGCUGGAGUUCAACCCAAUGAGUCGGAACAGAGGGGACGACCUAGCAUGGGUCGUGGAGGUCAGACUCCAGGCAGAGGCAGUGACCAGAGAAGUAAGACCCCCCAGAAUACCCCCAGAGGUGGAAAGAGGCCCUCUGAGGACAGGGAGGCAGCUCUAGCUGCUGUCAGGAAUAUGGGAGUCCCUCCCAACCAGGUUAAUACAGGAGAUAGAGUAUCCUCCAGAGACAAUAGCAGAAACAGGGAUGUUAUUCCCCCUGCUGCAGACACUUCUAAACAAAUGACUGUAGAAGAAAUGGAGAAAAAGACUAAAUCAAUAUUAGAUGAAUUCCUCCAUAUACAGGACAAAAAGGAGGCUAUAUUGUGUAUAGAGGAACUACGGUCUCCUCAGACUAUUAGCACUUUUGUAUAUACAGCACUAAACCAUGUGCUAGAACGCUCACAGCAAGCCCGCAGGCAAACUGGAAUGCUUAUUCAUGAUGUUGUUAAAAGUGGUGCAGUCUCUGUAGAUAGUUAUGUAAAAGGUCUACAAGAGAUAUUAGAGUUCGCUGAUGAUAUGGAAAUAGACAUCCCUAAAAUUUGGAAUUAUCUUGCGGAACUGAUAGGUCCCAUGAUUCAGGACAGCAGUGUCCCUCUCCUCUUCCUCAAAGAUGCCUUCCAACCCCUGCUCAGGUGUAACAAAGCUGGCAAGCUGGCCGCUGCAGUACUUCAUGAUGCCAGCACCAGACUGGGCCACCACACGGUGGCAGAGUUGUGGAAGGCCUCGGGCCUACAAUGGUCAGACUUUCUCGCACCUGGUCAUAGUAGAACGGAGUUUAUAAAACAAAAUAGUCUAGAAUUUACUGUAGAUAGUGACACGCCUCUCAGCCCCACAGUCAGACAACCACUAGCGAUAGUAAAACAGGAGCUUAGACGCCUAAUAGAAAAAAAUAUUUCCAAUGAGCAGAUAUUUGAUUGGAUAUCAUCUAGUGUUGGGGAGCCACAAUGUCGGGAACCUCAAUUUAUUCGUGCUCUCAUGAGGGCAGUCUGUAAUAGUGCAAUCAAAGGAUCCUUACCAAACAUUAGUUAUGAACUAAAAGAGAUCAAAGAUAGACAGUUACUUCUACAACGGUAUCUAGAUCACCAGCCCACCCUAGAACUACAGGCGCUAUAUGAGCUACAAGCCUUAGUACAUGAAUUAGAGCACCCACCAGGUUUACUACGGAAUAUAUUUGAUACAUUAUAUGACGAGGACAUUAUAUCUGAGGAUGCCUUUAACCAAUGGGAAGCUAGUGAAGAUCCCGCUGAGCAGGAAGGCAAGGGAGUUGCGCGUAAAUCAGUUGUACAGUUCUUUACCUGGUUACGCGAGGCUGAUGAGGAGGCAGAAAGUUGAUAAUCACCACCCUUAGGACUGGCUGGAUUAUAGAUAUACUGCAAUUUUGUGAUUUCUAUACAAUUAUAUAGUAAAUGCUCCUAUGGAUGUCUAUGGAUUGGAGCCUCUGAAUUUGAAUUCUGCACUGUAACUCAAUCUUGCAUAACCAUUGAUACAAAAGCAAAUGAUGCUAUCACUGUGGACAUUUCGAAUUGUAACCCACAACUAUGACUGUAGGGAUGAAAAUCUUAUGUGAUCAUUAUUAUGUAUAUGCAGAUGACUGGUAAAUGUGAGGAUUGUGGAUCUAUGGUGCUUUAUGAGAAUAUACCUGCACUUAGCAUGCUGAUUCCGCGAUUUUAAACCACUUUCAACCACUUCAUUGAAUUGAAUGAUUAUACGUCUGUCUAAUUGGUCAAAAUUGUUCCAAGUUUGAUAUAUGAAAAUGCGUUUGUUGAUUCUUUAGACAGUAUUCUAUGAAGUAUUAUAUUUAUCAGGUCUGCUAAACAAGACUACAGAACAUAGAUAUUUAAUUGAGGUGAUGGGAUUCCCAGGUUGUGGGUGAAACCUUAAAUUGCCUGCCUAGCUUUUGUAAACCAUUGGCACAAGAAUGACAGGUUCUGUUAACUCUCUCUCUGAACUUGUUACAAUGAUGUUCACUUGGUUCUAGAAGAGCCUUUUGUAUGAAGUGCCUGAUUUGACAGGUUCCUAGCUUUAGUAACCAUAGCAACCAGAAAGGGGGAUUCUGAGCUAGAUUGAAUGACUAACUCGGAAUAUCACUUUCUUGGAAAAUUAAUAUAUUCUGGUUGAUUUUUUGAGAAAUUUUUAUUAUUUUUGUUAAUUUAUCUGUCAUGAAAUAAUUGCAAAUGAGUAGUAUAAGGUUGUGUAAAUUGUAAGACCCGUCAUAGAUUGGAUGUGGCAACUUGAAUCGGGAGUUGACAUCUUACACAGCAAUACUUUAAACUGUGUAGUAUGUCUUCAAUGUACAGCGCAAUGUAGCAUGGGUCACAUUCUGAAUGUGUCUUAUGAAACUUGAGAAUCAAGAGUCCUAGUCAACAUGUGUUUUUGUUGAAUGGCAAUGUCUUUGUAAUACAGAAAUGUUCAACCAAUGGGCUUGUAAAUAAAUAAUGUAAAAACAAAUCAUUUUAAGAAUUUUGUUUGUUCAAAUAGAUUUGAAUGUGAAUAGUUUCUUGCUCUGCUGUUCGUUAUCAGAAUUUAAGAAGGGACAUGUUGCAGAGUUUUCAAUAUGAUUUUUGGGGUUGA